AACACGGGCACGUGGUACACGCAAACAUCCGGUUUUCAGAAAAUGGAAAUAAGAUUGAAACAAUGUUGUGACACACAUCUUUGACGCGCGGAGUCUUUCCUAACUAUGGAGGCAGGCAGCCUCGUCUCAUGCCGAGAGGACAUUUCUUCGCUGUUUCCUGAGCAAACGCCGGGUGCCAAAUAUAAAGAUUUAAGCAGCCAGUUUUCCACCGUCAGACAAGUGCGCGGAGAUGGGAACUGCUUCUACAGAGCUUUCUGCUUCGCACACUUGGAGUCUCUGCUACACAAUGCCAGGGCUUUACAGAGAUUCAAGGAGAAAAUCGUUCAAACCUGUGAAGAUUUUUCUUCUGCGGGGUUUGACGAGAGUACCUUCAGGCACCACCUGAACACAGUGGUACAUGUUGUGGAGCAGUGCCAGGCUGAGGAGCAGGAAGAGACGCUGCUCAGGCUCUUUAAUGAGCAGAUGACCUCUGACAGCGUGGUGCAGUAUCUCAGGCUGCUCACUUCAGCACACCUACAAAACCAGGCGGACUUCUUCUGCAACUUUGUGGAGGCGCCCAAUCUGCUCGUCUACUGUCAUCAAGAAGUGGAGGCCAUGGCGAUGGAGUGUGACCACGUGGACAUCUUAGCUCUGUCGCAGGCCCUGGAUAUCUGCAUCCACAUCGUCUCCAUGGAGGGUGACGAACAGCAGUUGGCUCACCACGUCAUUCCAGAGGGUGCUGAGCCCUCCCUGCACCUUCUCUACCAAACGUCACAUUAUAACAUUCUCUACCCGCGACCACAACACUGAC